AUGGAGCCGCGCCGUGCACGUUUCUGUCGGGGGGACGUCGUCGUGCUGCUGCUGCUGCUGCUGCUGGAAGCUCCCCCUCACCGGGCCGUGAUGCUCAGCUCCCCCUCACCGGGCCGUGAUGCUCACCUCCCCCUCACCGGGGCCGUGAUGCUCACCUCCCCCUCACCGGGCCGUGAUGCUCAGCUCCCCCUCACCGGGGAUGCGCACCUCUCCGCUGUGUCCGGUAUUGUCUCGGGUGGCUCCUUCGGGGCUCUGCUGGUCUUCGACAGGGAUCUGACCCCCAUCUACCCCAUAGACCAGAACCACAAUAGGUACGUGGGCUCGUUGCUGAGCGCUGACCCGUGGGUCAGGGAGACGUUCGGCAUCAGAGGAACCUUCAGCGAGAAGAAAGCCGCGGGAGGAAUCCGAGAGACGGUGCACAAAUACCAGCUGGUCCUGAAGAGGAACCUGCUGGUGACGGAGAACCGCAGCGUGCAGCUGGACUACCUGGUGAACGACACCACCUACCACGGGCUGGAGGGAACCGUGUCGCUCCACUUCAACGUCACCAUCCUGCCCGUCCACAUCCGCUUCCCCAACGUCACGCACAGCUUCACCCUGAGCCGCAGGGCUGCUCUGUACGCUCAGGUGGGAACCGUCUGCGUGGAGAACUGCCAACAGUUCGACGGCUUCAGGGUGGCGUACCGGCUGGAGUCGCCGGAUAGGAACGCGUCCGCCGCCGUGCAGGCGUGCCACACGGCCGUCGCCGUCACGCAGGCCGCGGACCAGAUGUGGGGGCUGCUCUACGUCAACGACUCGGAGGCCCUGAGCCGGCCCGAGUGCCAGGACCUGCGCUACCUGCUGGUGGCCCAGGAGGAGCGCAUGCAGCUGGAGGCCAGCGCGCCGCUCCACAUCCGGCUGGAGGCUCCCGGCGGCGCGGAGCGGCAGCCGCUCUCGUCCUGCGCCGGCAGCCGCCAGCGGGGCCAGUGCCAGGCGGCCCGGGGCCUGGGGGCCCCCACCGGGAGCUGCCAGUGGAGGCAGGGCACGGAGAAAGGUAUUUCUGAGAACUACUCGACGUGCUCCCCCGACCUGCGCACCUGUCCGGACACCUUCUGCGACGCCGUUGAGAGCAGAGACGCCCUGAUCUGUCCACAGGACUGCCUGAUGCGUGAGAACACCGCCUACUUUUACGUGUCCCGUAGCGGCAGCAUCAGGCAGACUCACGGGACCUGCUACUGCUACUCCGAGAGCUGCUUCUGCGAGAAGGAGGACGUGGACGAGGCCGCCUGCGACGACAUGUGUAAGACCGUGAUCGCCACGGCGAUGCUGCUCUCCUUCGUCGUCUCCAUCCUCCUGUCCUCCUACUUCAUCCACCGCUACCACAAGAACUCGCCCAAGCCGCCCAUCGCCUCGGCCGAGAUGACGUUCCGCCGGCCGGCUCCGGGUUUCCCCGUCAGCUUCCCCGGAAACCUGAGGAAUAUGAGGGACUGUGGUGCCAUCGACACCUUCAAGAUACCGGAGGAUCCCAAGUGGGAGUUCCCCCGUAAGAACCUCGUCCUCGGCAAGUCUUUGGGAGAAGGAGAGUUCGGGAAGGUCGUCAAGGCGACGGCGUUCCGGCUGAAAGGGAAAGCCGGCUACACCACGGUGGCGGUGAAGAUGCUGAAAGAGAACGCCUCCCAUAGCGAGCUGCGCGACCUGCUGUCGGAGUUCACGCUGCUGAAGCAGGUCAACCACCCGCACGUCAUCAAGAUGUUCGGAGCGUGCAGUCAGGACGGUCCUCUGUAUCUCAUCGUGGAAUACGCCAGGUACGGCUCGCUGCGCAACUUCCUGCGCGAGAGUCCGUAGGUGAGCCCGAGCUUUACAUGGAGGCGCGGCAGCCAAGCACGCCAUAACUCCAGCUACCUGGAGAACCCCGACGACCGCGCGCUCACCAUGGGGGACCUGAUCGCCUUCGCCUGGCAGAUCUCCAGAGGCAUGCAGUACCUGGCGGAGAUGAAGCUGGUCCACAGGGACCUCGCAGCGCGGAACGUUCUCGUGGCCGAAGGGCGGAAGAUGAAGAUCUCUGACUUCGGGCUCUCCAGAGACGUGUACGAGGAGGACUCGUACGUGAAGAGGAGCAAGGGCCGCAUCCCCGUGAAGUGGAUGGCCAUCGAGUCGCUGUUCGACCACAUCUACACCACGCAGAGCGACGUGUGGUGCUUUGCCAGCUGUGGGAGAUCUCUGAUAUUCUCUGGGAGGAAGCCGUGCCCGGCGCUCGCUGAACGCCUCUUCAACCUCCUGAAGACCGGCUACAGGAUGGAGCGGCCUGAGAACUGCUCGGAGGAGAUGUCAUGUCAUGAUCCGUCCAACUGGCCUGAGAAGCAGCGCUCGCUGACGCAGUCUCAGGGACAGAUCAGGUCGCCCGUCUGCCGCCGCCGGUUCUCCACUCAACUGCCCGCCGGGAGCUCCGCGCGGCCGGCCGAGAAGCUCCGACGUGACCUCACCUGGAUCCACAACAACACAGACAAGGUGGGAGACGAGCUGCACGGCACCAUGACCCAGAGCCGCUGA